AAGGAACACAUCCAGAGCAUAAUAUCUAGAAUAAGCUUAGGUUCUGUUAUGUAUAGCACCAUUCACUCACGAUUUACCAUGAAUGUUAAAAUUUGUAAUCAUGUCAAGAAAGCAGAACAUUUGUUGCUACCAGAGCCCUAUAAUGUGAAUAAAAGAAGCCCUUCUAGAAACUAGAGAAAAACUAGUCUCAUAGAUUACGUAACACAGCCCCCACGUUCAGAAGGUAGUUUUGGUUAAACAGGCAAAGAUCAUACAGUUAGAGAGAACACUUACUUACCGCUGCUGUGUAACUGCUACGUAUAAAUACCACGUUAGCUACAAAGCAACGAUUAUUCCAGAGUAAAUGCACACCAGUAGUUAAAUUAACUGUAAAGGGGUAUUUAUAUAUGGUGGUUAAAGAUAAAAAGUGCAGCAGUAACUUGGACCGUCGGCCUACACAUGCAAAGAUAGUCAUAUAUUCAUACUGAGUGUUUCACACUGAGGUGUUAAACUGCCAUUCCAUUUCCUGUGGAGAGCUGAGCAGAUCUUCUGUUUAGUUGUCUCCUUUUAGAUUGCAAAACAAGACAUCGCGUUUGACCAACCGUGUUAAAGACAUUCAGUAACAGUGGCUGUCUGUAAUUCAGCAUCAAAAAUUGUGCACACUUUAAGCAAGUGUGCAGUUUGGUGGCUGGUUUACGAGAAACAGGAAGUUAAUAAACCCUGGUCUUUUUUGACAGUUUUUUUUUUUUUGACGAGUUUAUGGAGGAAGUCUUGCGCUGUUGUCAUAGUAAUGGGUAAAGGAAACUUUUGUAUGGUGAAAAAAAGUCAUGAACCAGGUCAUGAAGCAAUAGGAAUUCAGUUUUUAGAAAGACUUCAGGGUGCUGAACGUUCUGCCAACAACUGAUUAAGGUUUAAUUUUUCAGAAUGCGUAAUGCUUGUGCGACUUAAGGAAUUUCUGUGAAUUACAAUGUCAGGCAAGAAGUCAGGAAAAGCCCGGAGAAUGGGCUCCACCCGCAAAGAUUUGCGUGGUCUGGGCAGCCAGAUGAGGGACAAAGAGGCAGACGUCUUUGCCACCCUGUCGGAGGAAUCAAGGACCAUGGAACAUGAAUCAGCAACCACAGGGGGAGAACCAAAGCCUAUAGAGGAGGGAUCAAGACCCAUGGGAGAAGAAUCAUGGACCACAGGGGGAGAAUCAAAGUGUACGGAGGACUCAAUGGCUGUCGGGGUUGCAUCUUGGUCCAUGGAGAGAAACUCUGGGACCACAGAGGAGAAACGAGAGGUGGACUAUAAACCAGAAGAAAGUUCCCUGUCAGAGAAAACAGCAUCUUUGUUGGCACUCGCCCCAUCACAUGACCCUUACUCUGCUGACUCACCUCACCUGGAAUCUCACAAGAUGGAGAAAAAAAAGAGAAUGGGGUCCACUCGCAGAAAGCUUCCCACAGAUUUGGAAGAACAGAGAAGGGAAGGGUGGGAUGGUGCAGAGCAAGAGGAAUGGCAAGGGGCUGCUAAGCAUGCAGUGGACAAGCAAGCUGGAAGCAAGACAGCCCAACCAUUAGGAGAGUUACACACAGAGCCACAAAAGGCUAGUGAGUGUCUGGAAGGAAGGGAAGAAUCUACUAUCACAGGAACACAGCAUGCGAUCCACAUUUUAGAGGUGUCCACAAUUGAGAACAAAUCAGCUGAUUCUCAGUUGUUCCCUCAAAGUAUGUACAGUGAAGAAGCUCAAAAGAAUAAACAAUUACACUUAACCAAUGAGAGCAAUUUCAUUAUGAAUUUAGACCAAUCAGAAGGGAGGCUAACCGAUGAAGACACCAGUGAUAGAGACCUGCUCCUCAGAGAACUUCAAUCAACAGACAGUGGUCAAUUGGGCCAUGCUGAUGUUGCUCUACAGCUGCCAAAAUCAGAAAAAAACACUGAACCUGAGGACAACAAACAUGAAAUGACUCAUUUUGAGCAUAAAAAGAGGAAGAUGGGCUCUACACGUAAGGGGGGGCGUGGCUUACAAAUAAAAAGUGACAGGGAACAAGAGAUUGAUAUUUUACCUGAGGAGAUGCUAAGAAGCUCUGGAGACCUUGUGGACGUAUGUGUGCUACAGGGCAAAGAGUCACAAGAGAAAAGCAGACUUGAUGUGAUACAGUAUGUUAGCAAGGAACACGUAACAAAGGAAGGUUUGCUGGACAUGGAGGAGAACGAGGAGGCAGAGGCGUUAACGAGAACCGAUAGGGAUAAAGAACAGGAGAAACACAAAAUCACAAAAGAAACAAAUGAGAAACAUACAAUAUCAGGGUUUCUGGGCACAGAUAUGGUUGAGAAAGGGGAGACACAGGAAGCAACAGUAACAGAUAUUGUUGAAGACAUUUUGGUAGACAUGGAAGGGAGGGAGAGAGAUAGAUCAAGAGGCACAGGCAUAGCUGAGGAAAAUAUGAAACCAGAGGUAAGAGAAACAGCAAUUAGAGCUCCAGGAUUAGGGGGAACUGGCAUGGUUGACAGGGAGACAGAGGAGACAACAGGAACUAGAAUUCUUGAAUUUAACGAGACUCACAGACUUAGAGAAACACACGUAUUAGAAGACAAUGUGGCACAAGAGAACCGAGGAACAGAUGGAGGACAAAGAGAUGAGGCAGAGAAAGAGAGUGUAGCAGAUGUCGUUCUGGAGGUAAAUGUGAUGAAAUAUGAAGGUGCAAGCAAUGAGAAAGAGAGUACAAAAGAGGAAGAAGGAGAUGGUGCAGAGGCUAAAAAAACAGGAAAGAACUGGAGGCAAACACAGCUGAUGCAGAUUGACUUGAAUAUGUUAGAGUCAUUUUCUUCGGAAAAGUAUGAGCAAGAAGUUACAGAAAGAGAGAAGAAUUCACCAUUAGAGAACCCUUCAGUGGAGAGUUCUUUAUUUCAUGAUGAAUCCAAAACCUUUAUUCCAGAGGAACAAGUAAAGUUCACUCCAUUUGAGGAUCUGCUGGAACCCUGUGAGAAUAGCCAAUUCUAUAAAUCAAGCCAUAUGGAAGCACCAUCUACAGAAGAUGAAAACAAACAAAAUGUUAUAGUGCCCCAAGAAUGGGAAAACUUAGGCAAAAACAUUAAGACAGAAUCAACUCAUGGGAAUGCCAGAAAAAAUAAGAUGGAGAACAGAAGUACAGGGGCAGGUGAUGAUCAAAGUGUAUUAGAAGAAAUAAGAGCAGAAAAGGUAGAUGUGAAGCUGGAGAGAGAGGAGAAAGGGCAAGAAGAAAGUUGGGCCAUCACUGAGGAACUGAACACCAUCUUGAGGGACACAGGGGUAUUAAAGGAACUUGAUAUACAGGAAGGUGAUAAAAGCGUGGCAGAGCAGAAGCAAACUCCCCUGGUUGUGGAGGAGGUCAAAGGAGAACCAGAGGUAGAUAUGGUAGGAGGAAUCAAGGAGAAUAAAUGGAAGUUGGCAGAAAAGGGAGACAUAAAAAUGAAAGGGACAAAUAUUGCAAUGGAAGAGAGUGUAGCGGUCUCUCAGGAAUUCUCCAAAACAGAAACCACAGACCGCAAAAAGGAUGAUUCUAGCUACAUUUAUGAUCCUUUCCAUAAUGUGUCAGUAGAUCCAAUAGUAACCGAGAGGACUGCUGCCAAUACCCUGUCAUUGGAGAUGAAUCAAAAAUCUGAUGAGAGCUUUCAGAAAGAAUCCACUCAUAUGCAGAAAAGGAAAAAAAUGGGCUCUUCUCGCAAGGGAGGCAGGGGCCUACAUAAGGAGACAGAAACGAGUAAAGGAUUCAGCAAGAUAGAUGGGUUAGAAAUCAGUGUGCAACAAGAGGAAAGAGAAGAGGAAAAGGCAACAUUGGUAAAGCAAAAUGUUAUAAAUGUGGUAAUGGAGAUGACAAAAGAGGAAACAAAAAUCAGUAUGGCAGAGGUGACAUCAAAAAGCAAAGAGAAAGUCAAGAUCACGAACGAUAACAGCGGAGCUGAAGACUUUGAAAGCCAACAGAGUGUAACUGAGGAUCCUACAGCAACUGAACAAUUUGCCACUAAUGUUGUAAAGGGCUUCGAACAGCAUGAGGACUACUCAGACAGAGCAUCCAGCAGGAGUGAGAAAAGAAGAAAGAUGGGUACCUCUCACAGGAGAGGCAGGGAAAGGCUUAAAGAGAAGGAGAUACAGGAAAUGGCAGAGACUGAAGAGGAAACAAUGGCUACAGACAAUAAGGAAUCUGCUACUGAUGAAGUGAUGAAAUCAGUGCAAAAUGAAGAGAGAGAAUGUGGGAAUGAGAAAGUAGAAAGGAAGAGUGGCAGUGGAAGUGGGAGCGACAAAUCACUUACUUCCGUGGGCGUCAUCCCAAAUUUGCAGCGGCCCGAGAACUCGGCCAUAACCACACAACAGGAAUGUUCAGAGUCGCAAGACACAUUUCUGCCAGCAGCAAGGAGAAAAAUGGGAUCCAGACGUCAGGGACAGGAUAACCUGAGGAAGCGGGAUGUGGGUCUGGAAUGGUCCGAGGGCUGCACUGCAGAGGCACAUAUAAAUACUGCUGCCCUUCUGCAGAGGAUACAGGAAAUUUUCCAUCAGCCUGAUGUUGAGGAGAAGGGUUGCAUCACAUGGGGAAAUGUGCAGGGCCUGAGCCAUGAGCUUGGUCUCAGCAUUGAGGAACUUCACCAGGUGUUCCAGCAGCUGGAUGGGGAUCAGGACGGCCGGGUGACUCACCAGGACCUUACUGAAAGCCUUGAAUCCUGCAAGCAAGAACAGUAUUUCCAAUUCAAGAGGGAAUAUUCUGGAACCCACAGCUUGGGUACCUCAGGUGUCCACGGCAAAGCAGAUUUUGGGGUCAAACCAUCCAUAAAUGAGAACCUCCUGACUGGGUCAGGUCUCGCUCAGGCCGACCCCCACUUGAGAGAGGGGCAGGCACUCUGGGAGAAGAAGGGAACCCAGGCCAGGAGUGAGGAUACAGGGUCGAUAAGUAAGACACAGGAGAGUGAGGAGGCAGGGGAAAAAGAGGAAGAAAAGGAUGAGGCAGGGAGUAAGGAGCAGGAGAGGGAAGAGGCAGGGGAAAAAGAUGAAGAAAAGGAUGAGGCAGGGAGUAAGGAGCAGGAGAGGGAAGAGGCAGAGGAAAAAGAUGUGGAAACCGAUGAGGCAGGGAGUAAGGAGCAGGAGAGGGAAGAGGCAGAGGAAAAAGAGGAAGAAAAGGAUGAGGCAGGGAGUAAGGAGCAGGAGAGGGAAGAGGCAGAGGAAAAAGAUGAAGAAAAGGAUGAGGCAGGGAGUAAGGAGCAGGAGAGGGAAGAGGCAGAGGAAAAAGAUGUGGAAACCGAUGAGGCAGGGAGUAAGGAGCAGGAGAGGGAAGAGGCAGAGGAAAAAGAUGUGGAAACCGAUGAGGCAGGGAGUAAGGAGCAGGAGAGGGAAGAGGCAGAGGAAAAAGAGGAAGAAAAGGAUGAGGCAGGGAGUAAGGAGCAGGAGAGGGAAGAGGCAGAGGAAAAAGAUGAAGAAAAGGAUGAGGCAGGGAGUAAGGAGCAGGAGAGGGAAGAGGCAGAGGAAAAAGAUGUGGAAAAGGAUGAGGCAGGGAGUAAGGAGCAGGAGAGGGAAGAGGCAGAGGAAAAAGAUGAAGAAAAGGAUGAGGCAGGGAGUAAGAAGCAGGAGAGGGAAGAGGCAGAGGGAAAAGAGGAAGAAAAGGAUGAGGCAGGGAGUAAGGAGCAGGAGAGGGAAGAGGCAGAGGAAAAAGAGGAAGAAAAGGAUGAGGCAGGGAGUAAGGAGCAGGAGAGGGAAGAGGCAGGGGAAAAAGAUGUGGAAACUGAUGAGGCAGGGAGUAAGGAGCAGGAGAGGGAAGAGGCAGGGGAAAAAGAUGUGGAAACCGAUGAGGCAGGGAGUAAGGAGCAGGAGAGGGAAGAGGCAGAGGAAAAAGAGGAAGAAAAGGAUGAGGCAGGGAGUAAGAAGCAGGAGAGGGAAGAGGCAGAAUCAUGGAAUAAAAAAAAUGAAAGUCAGAAUACAGAAUCCAAAAGUGAAGAUUACAAGGCUGAGAAGGAAGAAUUACUGAGUACUGGUCAUGAACCUGAGGACACCCAUUUAAUGAAUGAGGAAGGAGAACUGUUGAAUAAAGAUCAGGAGAGAAACUACACACAGUUUCUAAAUCAGGAGCAGCAGAAUGAGGGGUCCAAGGAACUGGAUGAGGUCAGUGAUGAAGCAGAGGGACUGAGGCAGUGUCAGGGAAGUAAAGAGGCAGAGAUAAUGAAUGAGGACCAAGAUAGUGGGAAAGCAGGUCUACUGCAUAAGGACAGAGAUAUAAAGAAGGCAGAGUUAGCGAAUAAAAAUGAGGACAAUGACCAUAUAAAGGUACUGAAUGAGAAAGAAGAAAAUAUUAUGGUGGAGCUAUUGAUUAAAAACCAGGGAUGCAAGCAGGAAGAGUUAUUAAGUAUGGAAGAGAAGGGAGUGGAGGCAGAGUUUCUGAGUGAGGAACUUAACAAUAAGGAGCAAGGGAAUCAAGAUACAUACUGUGAGGAGGUAGAACCACUUAAUGAGCAUAGGGAGAGUGUGGUAAAGGAUUCCCCAAAUCAAAACCAGGAUAUGCGGAUGACUAUAAACCUAUCAGGAGAAAUGACACAUGAAAAAGAAAUAGUUAUGUCAGUCAAACAGUUAGUGGACAAUGAAUCAAGCAUCCAGGAAGAGAGUAAACAAAACGGUAUGGAUGCAGAGUUAUUAAGUAAAGACCAGCAACAAAGGACGGCAGAGCUACUGAGUAUGUACCAGGAAAGUGGGGAGGCAAAGACGAUGUGCAAAGACCAGGGCAAGGAGGAAAGAGAGAUACUGAGCAGAUACCACGGGGCUGUGCAGGCAGGUAUCAUGACAAUGACCCAGAACAAUAAUGUGGAAGGUAUGGUAAGUAAGGACGAGGAAAGUGGGGAGGCAGAGAUACUAAAUCAAAAUCAGGAGUGUGUGGAGUUAAAGCUGCUGAAUGAAGACAAGGACAAUGACAUAACAGAGAUACUGAGUAAGGAUCAGGUCAGAGAAGAGACAGACUUACUAGGCUGUGACAUGGAGAGUCAGUUGCUGAGUAAGCAGCAGCAAGGUGAGAAGGCCAAGAUACUGAAUCAAUGCCAGAAGGGUGAGGAGGCACAGUUAUUGUACGACGAUCAGUAUAAUAAGGAGACAAUGGUGCUGGGUAAAUACAAUGAGACUGUGACAGCCCAUAUGAAAAUAACAAAGGAUGGUAAUAAAGCAGAGAUGCUAAGUAAAGACCAGACUGGUGAGGAGGCAGAGCUACUAAAUCAGAAUAAGCAAAAUGUGGAGGCACAUAUACUGAAUGAAGGCCAGAACGGUAAUGACCUGGAGAACCUGGGUCAGGAUAGAAAAAAGACAGAUUUGCUGAACAAACACAUAGAGAAUGAGCUACAGGUAAUGCACAAGGACAGUGAGGAGGCGGAAAUACUGAAUAAGUGCCAGGAUCGCGAUGAGGCAGUAAUAAUCAGCCUGGUUCAGGAGGGUGAAGAAGCAGAGAUCCUGGAUAAGGAUCAAGACAAUGGGGAACUAGAGGACCAGGAGAUUGAGGAAACUGAGAGACUACAGGAUGAGGACAAUGAGGAGGCAGAGAUACUAGACCAGGAAAAUAAAGAGGGACAUGUAACGCAUAAGGACCAAAAAAGAGAGGAGACUGCCUUAGCAAGCAAAGACAUAGAGAGUGAGGAGGCAGAGAUACUGAAUGGCAACCAGGAGUAUAAGGAGGUGGAGUCACUGAAUGAAGACCAGGACAAUGAGAAGGCAGACAUACUGAAAAAGCACAGAGAAGGUGGUGAGUUUGAGCCACUGAAUACAGAUGAGGAUCGUGAGGAAACAGAGAUAGAGGAGAGGUACUUGCAGAGUGAGGAGGCAAUGAUAAUGCAAGAGGACCAGGAGUAUUCGGAGGUUGAGAACCUGAAUAUGGACCAAGACAGUGAGGAGGUAGAGACCUUAGAAAAGAAGCUAGAGAGGGAGAAGGUGGAGACUCUAAAUGAGGAACAGGAGACUAUGAAGGCAGAGACACUAAUUCAGGGUCAGCAAAGUGAGGAGACAGCGAUUCUAAUUCAAGAUCAGGAGAGUAAGGAGGCAGAGGUAAUGAAUACAGACCAGGACAGUGCAGAGGUUCAUCUACUGAAUAAGGACUGGAACAGUAAUGAGGUACAGAUACAGAGUAACAACAAGGAGGGUGAGGAGGCCGAGAUACUGAGCUGUCAUCAGGAGGGAGAGGACAUGGAGGUACUGAAUAAGGAGCAAGAUGGUGAGGAAAUAAUGUUACCAAACAGGGACCUGGAGACUGAGGAGGCAGGUCAGGUUCAGGACUUUGUUCAGACAGAGUUAUUGAAUAUGGGGCAGAUGAUUGAGAAGGUAGAGAUAAUUAACCAGGACCAGGAGGGUAAGGAGGCAGAGAUGCAAGAUCAGGACCAAGACAGUGAGGAAUCAGAGAUAUGGGACAAGGGCCCAGAGAGUGAGGAGACAGACAGACUAAAUCAGGAUGAGGAGCAUGUGGAGGUACAGCUGCUGAAGAAGGAUCAGGACAAUGAAGAGGUAGAGUUUCUGGAUCAGAAGAAUAAGGAGGCAGAGAUACAUGAAGAUCAAGUAAGAGAGGAGACUGAUUUAGUGAGCAUAGACAUGGAGACUGAGGUGCAGUUUAGAGUCAAGGAGAGUGAACGGGCAGAGAUACUGAAUGACAACCAGGAGUGUGUGGAGGUAGAGUUACUGAAUAAAGACCAGGACAAUGAGAAGGCAGAUACCCUGGACAUGAAGCUAGACAGUGAGGAAGCAGAGAUAACAAAUCAGGACCAAGAGAGUGUGGAGGUAUAUAUACAGCAUGAGGACCAGAACAGUAGUGAUGCAGAGAACCUGAGUAAAUACCUGGAGAGGGAAGAGGCAGACAUCACACCCAAGGACAAGCAGAGAGAGGAGACAGAUUUACUGAGUGCAGACACACUGAGUGAGGAGACAGAGAUACUGAAUAAGGUCCAGGACAAUGAAGAGGCAGAGACACUAAUUCAGGGUCAGCAAAGUGAGGAGACAGCGAUUCUAAUUCAAGAUCAGGAGAGUAAGGAGGCAGAGGUAAUGAAUACAUACCAGGACAGUGCAGAGGUUUAUCUACUGAAUAAGGACUGGAACAGUAAUGAGGUACAGAUACAGAGUAACAACAAGGAGGGUGUGGAGGCAGAGAUACUGAGCUGUCAUCAGGAGGGAGAGGACAUGGAGGUACUGAAUAAGGAGCAAGAUGGUGAGGAAAUAAUGGUACCAGACAGGGACCUGGAGACUGAGGAGGCAAGUCAGGUUCAGGACUUUGUUCAGACAGAGUUAUUGAAUAUGGGCCAGAUGAUUGAGAAGGUAGGGAUAAUUAACCAGGACCAGGAGGGUAAGGAGGCAGAGAUGCAAGAUCAGGACCAAGACAGUGAGGAAUUAGAGAUAUGGGACAAGGGCCCAGAGAGUGAGGAGACAGACAGACUAAAUCAGGAUGAGGAGCAUGUGGAGGUACAGCUGCUGAAGAAGGAUCAGGACAAUGAAGAGGUAGAGUUUCUGGAUCAGAAGAAUAAGGAGACAGAGAUACAUGAAGAUCAAGUAAGAGAGGAGACUGAUUUAGUGAGCAUAGACAUGGAGACUGAGGUGCAGUUUAAAGUCAAGGAGAGUGAACGGGCAGAGAUACUGAAUGACAACCAGGAGUGUGUGGAGGUAGAGUUACUGAAUAAAGACCAGGACAAUGAGAAGGCAGAUACCCUGGACAUGAAGCUAGACAGUGAGGAAGCAGAGAUAACAAAUCAGGACCAAGAGAGUGUGGAGGUAUACAUACAGCAUGAGGACCAGAACAGUAGUGAUGCAGAGAACCUGGGUAAAUACCUGGAGAGGGAAGAGGCAGACAUCACACCCAAGGACAAGCAGAGAGAGGAGACUGAUUUACUGAGUGCAGACACACUGAGUGAGGAGACAGAGAUACUGAAUAAGGUCCAGGACAGUGAAGAGGCAGAGACACUAAUUCAGGGUCAGCAAAGUGAGCAGACAGCGAUUCUAAUUCAAGAUCAGGAGAGUAAGGAGGCAGAGGUAAUGAAUACAGACCAGGACAGUGCAGAGGUUCAUCUACUGAAUAAGGACUGGAACAGUAAUGAGGUACAGAUACAGAGUAACAACAAGGAGGGUGAGGAGGCAGAGAUACUGAGCUGUCAUCAGGAGGGAGAGGACAUGGAGGUACUGAAUAAGGAGCAAGAUGGUGAGGAAAUAAUGGUACCAGACAGGGACCUGGAGACUGAGGAGGCAAGUCAGGUUCAGGACUUUGUUCAGACAGAGUUAUUGAAUAUGGGCCAGAUGAUUGAGAAGGUAGGGAUAAUUAACCAGGACCAAGAGGGUAUGGAGGCAGAGAUGUUGGAUUGGGACCAAGAGUAUGUGGGGGUAGAGUUACCAUGUACCUUGCAAUACAGAUACAAGACUCAUCUAAGAGAUGCAUUUGAUAAGCUUCGGGAGGUGGGGGGAUCUGAAAAUGAAUGUGACCCCGACACGUCCAGGGCAGCUGUGGAGGACAAUGAGUGGAUCUGGGACUGUGAGCUGCUAAAGGAGCAGCAGUACUAUUCUGGGUGUAAUGAGAAGAAGGAGAGUUGGGAUAUCUGGGAUGAAACAGAUGAAGCUGAACUGGGGCCAACAGCGUACAAAGAAAGACGUGAACUGGGGAGUCAGAUAGACAAUGUUAUUUAUUGGCAAAGAUGGAGCGAAGACGAGUUUGGAAGAAACAAUGAGACCAGACAGAUAUUAGCUAAUGAUCUUUACCCCAUAGCAGAGGAGAAUGAAACUGAAAAUAAUUUAGAAUAUAAUAAUGUACAAAUAACACAGGAUAUAGCAAAAAUUCAAGAGAUGCCACAAGCUGCUGACCAAAGCAACACAAUCAUUCACUUUAUCAAAGAUAAUCAUGAGUUAAAGGAAAUUCAAGAAAACAAAUGCAUUUUGUCAGAAGGUGAGUGUGCUGAGCAAAGGAAUAUAGUUAAACUGAUGGAGUUGAGGGGAAAAACAGAAGACUUAAAGACUUUUGGAAAUAAUAAAGAACAUCAAGAUGUAGAAACUAUAGAGGGAACGACUGGAAAUACCAUGGAAAACAGACAAUGUCCAGCCACUUUAGCAAAUGCUGUAAAUCAAAAAGACAGCAAUGACUUAAGUGAAUGUUUCAUUCUGGAUGGAGAAAAACAAGAAGCAAAUGCUAUAAAGCAGAGUCCUGACAGUGUUCUGGUAAGAAGUGAUGUACUGGGAGGCGGAAACACAGACUCUACCUGGGUGCCUGAGAUACCGAAUAAUGAUGAUGAGACUAUUUGCACGGGGAUGGCAAUACAAAGAGAUUCAAUAGUCCGUGAAAUGGGUGCAAUGAGAGGUCGUCAAGCUAUGGCAGAGACAGCUGAGGGACUCGAAGUUAUUCAGAAUGCUGGAUUUCAAAUGGAUGGCGAUAGAAUACAAAUGCAGGGAAGUUGUGAAAAAGACAGGGGUGAUGUUUUAGAGCAUCUGCAGUUAAGUAUGGAAAGCGACACGAAAUGGGAUGGAGGGACUAGUCAGGGCUGGGACACGAUAGCGAUGGAGAUGGAAUACAAAGAAAAGACGCAAAGGCAGAAUAAUUAUGAAGGAGCAGGGUCCAAAAAGCUAAGUGAAGUAAUAACUCAAGAAGUAAUAGAACAUAGCGGUGGUACCGCAGGACAGCAGAAAGGUGAUGGGAAGAAUUGGGACACAUUUGAAGGAGGGUUAGCGCAGGGAGAUAUAGCACUAAAGCAUAGUGAAGAGGAAAGCCUUCACACGGAUAGGGCUGUGGAAGAUUACAGUAAUGACUGCCCCCAUGAAAAAUGGGACAAGACACCUGUGUUCAGUCAAUAUCGCGGUUUUGAGGAGCUAGAACAAAAAAUAUCAACAGAUGAGGAAAAGUUGUUAGCAUAUCAGGGUGAUGGAUUAGAGAGGAAGACUGAAUGUUUAGAUGUUGGACCAGCUCAGGGGACAAUUCAGGCCAAAGAAACAGAGGUUGGGCAGCAAAAGGACAAAGGCAGUGAUCUAAUAGAAAGUGAAGAAGCAUCUACAGGUUUCUCAGAGGAUAGUGAAAGUUUAAUAGAGAAGCUCAAAUGCGACAUGAAUGUUAUGGAGCUUCUUGCAGAACAGGGAGAGAAAGACAAUGAAAGGAGAGAUGAGGCUUGCAAAGAUAAUAACCAAUUACUGACAGAAUUAGUGGAAUAUAGCAAAAGAGGGUCAGACAUGAAAGGAGUAGAUGAUACAUCCAGAUCUAGCAAUAAACAAGGUGUAUCAUUAAUACAACAUGUGAAUAGCGAGGACAAGGAGAAAGAGGGAGUGAAGAAACGAGAGCAAGGGACAGAAAGACACAGGAUGACACCAGAGGAAGUAUGUGGAGAAGAGGAGCUGAGAAUGGAAGCCAUACGAAUUUAUGAGGAGGCGGAGCAGGAGAUGAGUGGAGAUGUGAUGGCUGAAAGGGAGGCGGCAGCAAAGGAACAGAAACAUAGAGAAGAUAAAGGGAAAGAGGGAUUCAGGGCCAUGGGUGGAGGAAUUGUUGUGACGCCGGAGGACAACAGACAGCGUGCUAUUGGCUGUCUCCCCACAGGCAGCUGGAGCCCACCAAUAUCAGGCCCGGACCUACUAUACAACAUAGUUCUGGUUGGCAGCAGCAGUGUAGGCAAGACCUCCUUCAUGAAACGCACUCAGAGUGGGGAGUUCACCCUGGACCACUGUGCCACGAUUGGUCUUGACAGCUGUAUCCAGUCUCUGUUGGUGGAUGGUAGACGCGUCCUUCUACAGCUGUGGGACACUGCUGGACAGGAGAGGUACCACAGCAUUACUAAACAGAUCUUACGCAAAGCCCAGGGACUGCUACUCAUGUACGACAUAACUUGCAUUGAUAGUUUCAACAGUGUCCAAUACUGGAUGUCCUGCAUUCAGGAAGGAGCCACAGAUGAUGUCAUCAUUAUGUUGCUGGGCAACAAAAAUGACAGCUUCAAACGAGAAGUCCCUCUCCAUGAGGGGGAAAGAUUAGCUAAGGAGUACCGGAUUAAGUUCAUGGAGUGUAGCGUUGCCACUGGGGAGAAUGUGACGCUCUCAAUGGAAACUUUGGCCCGGAUGCUCAAGCAGCAGACGGAUCAGAAGGAAGAAGCACCGUUGAUAUUGCGCAAGGAGCAGCCGAAGCAAAGAUCAGGCUGUUGCUGAUUCGCUCAUAGAAAUGCCAUCCGAAGCACACAGCUUCUUUUGUAUUGUACACAUACCUGUAUAAACAAAUUAUAAAAUGCCAUAUAAUUCAGGUUUUUCUGUCAUGGAAAACCACAGAAAAUAGACAAAGAUUACAAACAAAUGGGACAUUCACGAAAUCCUACUGCGAGCAUCAAAACAUCACCCUAACUGUACAAAAACUACGUGACUAUGAAAUAUGUGAAUGUUUUCUGCAGAUAACAGUAACAGUGGCCAAGAGGAAGCCACCAAUCCUGGCCCAAAGGUUCAUGUUUGCAAUUCAUAAAAGUACAAUUAUUGCACAACCAUUCCGUCAUUUUCACUAUUAAACUUUAUCAAUACCUUAAGAAA